GUUACUUUGACCAUGGCUGAUCCACAGGGAACAGAUGAGGAAAGGAAGAAGGUGACCAAGACGAUCUUAAGCCUCACCCUGGAGAUCAUCUACUUGCUAACUGGAGAGGAUUACACAGUAGUGAGGAAGAUGUCCGGUGAUCAUGUGACACCUUUUAGCCAAUCUAAUGUGUCGAGGAGCAAGAGCCCCAUCAUGAAGCCUCCACCUUACUCCCUAAUACUUGAGGGAAACACCACCGGUAAAAUUCUAGAAGUCACCCAGAAGAUCAUUGAGCUGCUGAUCCAUUGA